AUGAGAGCGGAGGGGGAGCGGGCGGCCGCCUCUGCUCUCGCCCCGCUGCCCAAGCUGCUCUCCGCCCUCUUCUACGGAGUCUGCUCUUUCUUGAUCGUCUUGGUGAACAAGGCGGUGCUGACUGCUUACAGAUUCCCAUCUCCAUUGUUUCUAGGAGUUGGACAGAUGGUGACCACUAUUCUCAUCUUGUAUGUGUCAAAAUUAAAUAAAAUCAUUCAUUUCCCUGAUUUUGACAAAAAUAUCCCUAAGAAGCUGUUUCCACUUCCUCUGAUUUAUGUGGGAAAUCACAUAAGUGGGUUGUCAAGCACAAGCAAGCUAAGCCUGCCAAUGUUUACAGUCCUUAGGAAGUUUACCAUUCCACUUACAUUACUGCUAGAAGUCAUUAUACUUGGGAAGCGCUAUUCAUUGAGUGUUGUGCUCAGUGUGUUUGCGAUCAUCCUUGGGGCUUUCAUAGCAGCUGGAUCUGAUCUGGCUUUCAGUUUGGAAGGCUAUGCUUCUGUGUUGCUGAAUGAUAUCUUCACAGCUGCAAAUGGAGUUUACACAAAGCAAAAAAUUGACCCCAAGGAGCUGGGAAAAUAUGGAGUCAUUUUUUAUAAUGCCUGCUUUAUGGUAAUUCCUACAGUUGUCAUAAGUUUUUUCACUGGAGACUUAAAGCAGGUUACCGAUUUCAAGCAGUGGAGCAAUGUGUUAUUCAUCAGUCAAUUUCUGCUUUCCUGUAUACUGGGGUUUCUUCUGACGUAUUCUACGGUUCUCUGUAGCCACUAUAAUUCUGCCCUCACAACCACGGUGGUUGGUGCUAUCAAGAAUGUGUCCAUCGCUUAUAUAGGAAUGCUGAUCGGUGGAGACUACAUCUUUUCUGUGUUGAACUUCAUAGGGCUCAAUAUCUGCAUGGCAGGGGGUCUGAGAUACUCAUUUCUAACCAUACGGGGACAGGACAGCCCUAAGCAUCCAACAGAUGAAGAAAAUCUGAUAUCCAGUGCUAAGAGCUAGCAGAAGGGACUGGUGUGAAAAGCUGUAAGGAUGCCAGCUCCGGUGGAAAUCAGGCAAGCACAUGCAGGAAUGGAACCAGAA